GCCAGAGGUGGACUGGAGGUCCGAGUGGGUGGGCAGCGGGUCCAGGACCCCGGCCGGUCGGCGGGAGGGCACCGCGUCCCCUUGUCCGCAAGGCUGAGCCGGACACGCCUGCGGGGCUCGGGCCCCAGGGCCCUCCGACCAUCACACCUGCCGGGCCCGGUGGCUGCAGGUGUCCGCACCUGACGGCCAGACCACACGGGCACUGCUGUCCACGAUCUUGGCGUUGUUAAGUGCAGUUUCCAGCAUGAAGACCAUUGCGCAGCUUCAGAGUAAAACUCCAUUCCUUUCUCGCCCGGGCCGGGGUUUCUUCUGUGGUCUGUGUUGGUGGCACUCAGAGAGGUGUCUGUCUCCCCAUGAACGACUUAAAUGACCCCCCAAAUUGGAACAUCCGGCCUAACCACAGAGCUGAUGGGGGUGAUGGAAGCAGAUGGAAUUAUGCCCUGUUGGUUCCCAUGCUGGGACUGGCUGCUUUUCGUUGGAUCUGGUCUAGAGAGUCCCAAAAAGAAAUAGAAAAGGAGAGAGCAGCAUACUGCCAGAGAACUGCCGCCUUCCAGCGGGACCUCGAGGCUAAGUACCGCACCGUGAUUGCAGAAAGCCAGCGUUCCGUGGCCCAGUUGUCUCUGGAACUGGAAAAGGAGCAAAACAGAACAGCCAGUUACCGAGAAGCCCUUAUCUCACAGGGGCGCAAGCUGGUGGAAGAAAAGAAGCUUCUGGAGCAGGAGCGGGCCCAGGUCCUGCAGGAGAGGAAGCAGCCCUUGCGGAGCGCCUACCUGCGCUGCCUGGGCAAGGAGGAGGACUGGCAGAGGAGAGCCCGGCUCCUGCUGCGGGAGUACGAGGAGGCGCUGGUGCAGCGCCAGAGCAUCUACUGCAGCCUGCUGCUGCCCCGGCACCGACGACUGGACCUCGAGAGGAGCCUCCUGGCCCGCGUGUCCACCGACCCGCUCGCUGCCGACCUGGGGAUGGCGGCGGGCCUGGCCGACAUCUUUAAACACGACACGCACUGCGGGGACUUCUGGAACACCGACCGGCGCCGGAAUGGCAGGCUUAUGUGGCUGUACCUCAAGUACUGGGAGCUCGCUGUCGAGCUAAGGAAGUUUCAGCGGGUGGAGAAAGCCCUGAUGGAAAAGUAAGAGGAGGUGGACAUGAGGCGGGGCUCUAGGCUGGGCAGCCAUGGUGACCUGCGCUGUCAGUGUUCCCUGGCCCUGCCCGUGUGGCCUCUGUGUGCCGUACCUCCCCUCACUGGCAAAGUGAGUCUGGCGCUCUGGGUCAGGCAGCCCUGGCAGCAUCCUCUGUCCCCACGGCGGUGGUGUGUGUGUGCCAUACCCCUGGCCCCAUGGCUCCAGCACGGAAGGACGUUGGCCCCAGACCAGGGUUCCCGUGCCCAGCAACUGCAGGGUGUACAUGAGGCGCAGACUUGGGGUGCAGACUCACGCGAGUGUUCUUUGCGUCGUCUGAGCAGAGCCCGAUGACCUUGUUCUUAGGAGAGUCUAACUUAGUACUGAUCUCACCAUAAGUAAACUUCUGCUUUUGUCACUCUCAAAUUCCAUUUUUUUGAGCUCUUUCCUCGCUCCCCAAAUUAAAUGUGCAUGUUGUAGAUAGUGGGAAGAUAGCCUGACAGAUGACAUGAGCAAGGAGCACUAUGGCCGGGCAACAUUCUGGACAGUGUCGCCCCAGGGAAGCAGGGGUGGCCUCCAGUUAGCCUUGGGCACACGCUGGCUCUUGGCCAGCGUCUGUGUCCAGGGCCACAUGGUGGAGGGUGUCUGCCAUGAGGAGCGGUGCCUCUGUGUGGAAUGCUUUCAGUUCCACAGAAAGCUUUUACAGAGUUUGUUUUUAGUUUUACCACAAUAGAAGGUAAGCAGAUCCCAUGGCCCCACUUGCCACAGCACCCACAGAAAUCCACGUUCGCUGUGCUUUGUGCACUUGAUGCAUGCCGUCCGCACCUGACUGUGCACCUUGCGCUGCCACCCACUGGUGUGGGGUCCCCGAGACCACCCCUCGGUUUGCUGGUCUGGUCUCUGGGACUCGGCACACAGCUGUGAUCACAGCCGAGAUGGUGUGGGGGAGGCUGCGUGGCCAGUGCAGUGAGAAGACCGGGCUCUCUCUCCACCACCCUCACACCCGCGAGUCACAAGAGCACGUGCGAUGUUGCCAAGCUGGGCUGCUCCUCAGAUGCGGCCCCCACCCGAAGGCUGGCACUGGGCUGUUCCAAGGUCAUGCAGGGUGGCCUUGUUUGCUCGCUUGUGGGGGUGCUCUCUAGCCUGACCAUGUCUCGUGGGAUUUCCUGAGCAGGGCCGAAACUGAGGACAGUGGUCCCACUCUGGGUCACAGGGUGAUACUGAGUGAUCCAAGCAGCUUGCCCCGGAACCACUAGGGUGGUGGCCAUUAGAGCAGACUGGCACUGGCCUUGCAUAACCCAUGCUGACCAAUGUUUAACCUUAGAGACAGGAGGGGGGCUUGCUGCGAGCCUAGGUCCCCCAGGGUAGCUGUGGACCUACUUGGCUGAGCACUCCUGCACUGUCCGGAGCUGCUGUUUCCCUGUGGCACGUCUGUCUCCUGUACUGCCAGCCCUCAGUCUGAGCAAACACAGUUUCUCCAGGUGAAUCUCGAUUAGUUUCCCAGCUGCUGUGUGACCUGGUGGGCUUCACCCUUUUGUUGAAGAGCUGUUCUGCCACAUAUUCUCAGAUAAACCAGAGUGUGUUUCUCUUGAAAACACAACCACCCACUUAGUAAGUGAGUUCCAAGGUGAAUGAUUAUCCAGGUGAAUGACCAUCAGUUCUGUCCUAGUGCCCAGCAUGCUGAGCCUGGAAUGGCUGACAGAUGUAGUCAGCUGAUUCAUAUCAGUGCAGUCCUGGGUCCACACUGGAAUUAGGAAGAUGGGAGUUAACGGAAGGAGCUGUCAGACUGUCCUGUGUUUGCACAAGUCUCCUAGAUUAGUGAGUUUUAGCUUGGUGCCAUCCAUACAAACUGAUCUUACUAGGUUUGUGAUGGUGAUACACUGUCCGAUCCACUUGAUGACUCAGAUGCACCAAAACAUCUGAGCAAAGGCAUAAUAGAACGUUUGUGAAUGAAAGCGAACUCAGAACUAAGAAAGGGAACAGGCCCUGUAGAGCUGUGCUUUUUUGGCCUGCGUCUUCCAGUGAGUCCUGACCAGCGACCAGCGGGGCCGACAGAUCAGCUUACAGAAGCACCACCUGCUUCUUUUAUUCUUGGUGUUUACCAGUCAUGUUUCUUGUGGGUGUGUACCUGCUGGCUGAGGAAGUCUCAUCCCGGAAGAAGCCCUGUCUCCCCAAGUGAGAAGGAGCCACUGCUCUGUGGUGUGUUUGCACCGUUUCGGGGCAUCAGAUAGCUGUGGGUGAAGAAGCUUAUGCAGGAAGGGCUACUGGUGGCUGGAGGUCACUCUCUAAUGUUGCUUACUGUGUUAAUUUUUAAAUAAAGUUAGAAGGCAUAUGAUUGGCCAAAAGCAGAUGGUUCUGAAAUAUAACCUGGUGAAUAUGCCUUUCCCCUUUGUUAAAUAAAAUCCAUGGAGAUACACAUA